AUGGGAAGCACGCCCGAUGAGAUGUUGAACUCUAGACUUAACUCUCCCGUAAAGCUCUCGCCUUCGAAAUUGAGUCAGAAUCAUGGCACAUUCAUGGCAAAUAUUCAGAAUGGGCAUAGUCCUUCUAGAGAGAGCUCUUACGGUGGGUCUUCGAGCACCAGAGUUAUAGAAGGAUUGCAUGCGCAAAUUGAUAACUUAACGAGAACCAAUUUGGAAUUAACGGUGCAAUCAAAUAACUUAUUAUCCCGCUUGGAAACGGCAAACGCAGCCCACAGUAAGCAUUUGGAAACCAUAUCAACGCUGAAGCACGAGAAUGAAAAUCUCAACACAAUGCUCAGCCGUAAAGAACGGCGUUUGCGGGAUGUAGAAGAGCAACAGACACACUUACAGCGCAAGUACGAAGAGGCGGCUUCUGAAAAUCAAUCUAUGAGCAGCCAAUUACAAGGCUAUACUAAGAGAGAAACAACAUUGGGACAACAACUUGAACAGGUUCAGGUACAAUAUGAUGCGCUUCUGGAUGGCCAAAGUCGUCAGCGGGAGAAGUAUGCCCGAGAAAUAGAAGAGUUGAGAGCGGGACUGGAGAGGUUCAAAGAGGACCAUCAGCUUCAUCUAAAGGAAACUCUCAAAACGUUCACGGAUAGCAAUGCUGUAUUAAAUACCAGGCUCGAGGAAUACUCUCAAAAGUCUCACCUUAUGGCUUCACUGGAGCAAGAAAAACGGCAGCUAUUGAAUAAUGAAUGCGAUGAGUUGCGAGCACAAUUAGAUGUGCAAAAAUGGGAGCAUCUAUAUCGCGAGUAUCGAAAGACAAUGCACGAUUACACCCAAAAUCACCAUACUGAAUCGCCUACUUCCUUCUCAGAUCAGCAUGGGCAUGAUACUAGUAGGUCCGCGUCUCGAUCACCUUUGCCAUCUCAAUCUAGCACCUCUGGCGUGUUUUCCAACCCGGCGCAUCUCGGAGGACCUGCUUCUUCUUCAAAUCCGCAGCACAUCAGGAUCCCUAAAACGCGCAAUUCAUCGUCGUCCUCGGUUAAAAGAAGCAGCUUUUACGGGACCAACGUUACCGUCGCAUCUUCCUCCAUCCCCGGAUUGAGGCAAAGCUCUUCGUCGUCAACGCACAUGACCCCCCCUGGCUCGCUGCCCGGCGUGAAGCGAUCAACUUCAAUAAGAAGUACCAUGCAUUCUUCUAGGAACUCUUCUGGUGAGACGCCAACGGUUGACAUCAACGCUUCUAUCUCCAAGAGCCAUCCCAAGCCGUUUUCCGGUUACAAAAAAAAGAGGACUCCUUCUCAAACCUCUUACAAAACCAGCGAUAAUUUGGCCUUCGAAUCCCAAUAG